GAGAGCGUGUCCCCGCGCGGCCGCCGUAGCGCGCUCUUUCUAGGGAGGCCUCAGGUUGCCAUGGCGGCGGCGGCGGCAGUGGCGGUUUCCUUCGUCUCCGCUCGGCGCCUGUGAGGGGGAAGUGGGCGAGUGGGGCCUAAGUUGGCGCUGCCGACCCGGCCGGCCAUGGAGGACGAGCUGUACCUGGAGAACAUCGACGAGUUCGUCACGGACCAGAACAGAGUCGUAACAUACAAAUGGCUGAGCUAUACACUAGGUGUUCACGUCAACCAAGCCAAGCAGAUGUUGUAUGACUAUGUGGAAAGAAAGCGGAAGGAGAAUUCGGGAGCCCAGUUGCAUGUCACCUAUUUAGUGGCUGGCAACCUCGUUCAGAAUGGACACACAUGCCACAAGGUUGCAGUAGUGAAAGAAGAAAAGCUAGAAGCAAUGAAGUCGAAGCUGUCCACCAUUGCCAGCGUGCACGUCUACAGCAUCCAGAAAGCCAUGCUCAAGGACAGCAGCCCGCUCUAUAACACGGACUACGAUGUCAUCAAAGCAAACCUGCAGAACUGCAGCAAGUUUAGUGCUAUUCACUGUGCUGCUGCAGUUGCCAGGACAGCCGCUGAAAUGUCUCGUGCCGAAACCCCGGCCCAGGUGGAUCGCCAGCCACCUCAUGGCGUGGAUAAAGCCGCUACUCCUGUGGUCAACGGCCAUGCUCCCAGCGCUUCUUCAAAGCAGACCUCCCAGCAGGCCAAGGGUAUUAUGGGAAUGUUUGCAGCCAAGUCUUCCACCAAGUCCCAGGAGACCCCGAAAGAGACCAAAGUAGAAGCUAAAGAGACACCAAGUGCCUCCACAGGAAGUAGCAAGGCACCUGCUAAAGGAAAUCUGCUGAACAACUUCUUUGGAAAAGCUGCUCUGGGCAAAGCGAGUCCUGAACCCGAACAGCGAAAGGAAGAGAAAGCUGCAGCCAAGUCCCCGGUGGAACCCAAAUCGCUUCCGGGUGCACCAGAAUGUGAGAAACCCAGCAAGAAAGCUGACCCUGCAAGAGGACAGCAGAAGGACAAAAAAAGAACAAAGAGGCUGGAGAUGUCAGACGAGGAGGAGAAAGAGGUUGAGAGCCUGAAGAGAAAGAGGCGUCGGAUCAAACAGCCUCAACCCGACAGCAGUGAAGACGAGGAUGUCCCGGAAUCGCCUGUAACUCCUGAAGUGAAAGACCUUUCUCCUGAGCCAGACCCGAACCCAGAGCCUGAUCCUCUGCCCAUGGAGGCAUCGGCAGGAGAGAAGAAACGGAAGCGGAAGCGAGUGCUGAAGUCCAAAACGUUUGUGGAUGAGGAAGGCUGCAUAGUGACCGAAAAGGCUUACGAGAGCGAGUCCUGCACAGACAGCGAAGGCGACUUCCGCUCCAAGCCCUCCGCAGCUCGCAAGCCGCCUGCCGGGGCUGCCAAGAAAGAGCCCAAGGAGGAGAAGAGAGGCGCAAAGAGAGCCACAAAGGCCAACAAGCAGGCUUCCAUCAUGGGCUUCUUCCAGAAGAAAUGAGCUCCAGCCGCUGCCUGGUUUGCAGAAGCUGCAUCAGAGGAGGCCGCCACCCUUUUUGAGGCACAAAUACUUACCGUGUAAGUGGGCUUUCUCCGGAACCGGGAAACGAGACUCGCCACACGUGGGAACCUUUCGGUGCCAAAGCUGCUUAGAAAGCAGCCACUAGAGGCAACAGAGUCGCUGUUCGAGAAUCAAAUUAAUUUGCUUUGUGCGGGCCUCUGAAAUAUAUAUCUCUAUAUGUAAAGGCCAAUUGUUUCUUUUAGCCGCCCCGUCCUGCGGCAAGCCCCGCAGGUGGGCUGGCCUCUCCCACUGGCUCAGGUCAACGAAAUGUGACGCGUCUCAGUAUCCCCACCAGCUAUCGCUGUCCCACCUCCAACCCUUUCCUCUCCACAGUGGUGCCUUCAGAGAGCUUGAUGGAGUCUUCAAGGUUUCUCUGCGGCCAGGCAGCUAUUUGGAAGGGAAAUCUCGCGGGCCCUUCACACGGUUGCCUGCUCUUGUAGCUAUGCGGAAGGGCAGCGAUAGCUUAAGAACGUUGGUGGGUCUUUUUCCUUGCCUCAACCAAACGCUGUGAAAGGCGGGAGAAGCAAUGGCAGCUUUAGAAAUGUCGAAAAGAGUAUUCUGGCCUGAGUCUUGACGCAGGCUGCCUCUGUUAUGAUAAACACUGGAAAUGAGAAACAAUUCAGGACCAGCCCGGACUGCCCUCUUCGCUCCAUCUGUUUGUAUGGGGCUUUUGCCCAAAUAAUCUUUUGCCCUUCUCAUCUUCCUCCUGUCAUUUGGAAGGGGAGCCCAACCAAAGACCACCUGUAGCUGCUGCCUUGCAUGGCGUUUGCACGAGUUUUAGCAUAAACAAGGUGGGAUGGGGUCUCUGACUGGUUGGCUUCCUUGAUCAACUGCCAAGCAGGGUGUGUCCCCCCCCCACUUUAAUGGAGAAACCACUUGUUAAUGAGGAACCAAAUGACGAGCAACCCCGUUUCGGAAGAUCCAACUCUUUUUUUUUAAAGUUAGAAUGAAAGGAAAGGAGCAGGGAUGGAGACCGGCCAUUCUUCUCACAGUGCUGCAGUUUGGACAGAUCCGUUCAAUGAAACAUUAAGAGAGGGCAAGAACUCCAUUCUGGUUUGGUUUAGGUCUGGCGGUGGAGUGGGCAGUCUUCCACAGCCACUCACUAAACCACAACCAAAAUAGAGUAGCAGGUAGAGCUGCUGGUGACAUAAAAAAAAAGUCAUUUGCCUAUUAUAGAUGGUGCCCAGGCCAAAGGAAAAACAAAAGGGGUUCAUUAUUCAAACCCCGUAUUACAGAAAUAAUAUUUUAUUUUGAGGCUUAGCCGUGGAGGUUUCUCAGCCUCCCCAAGCCCCUGCUGAAACUAGUCUGGUUUCUGAAAUCCAUUAUUUGAACAAUCGGAAUCCGUUCACGGCUGUGGCAGAUGCACGAACCGGCCUGCCCCUCUGGCUGGCGUCCUUGGGGGUUUCACGUUCAACAUGGUGUUCUUGUAGUUGCUGAUUUUAUAAUGAAGUGCAUUCAGUCCUUAGCCCAGGCCUGCAGGCUGACCUUCCUGACAGACAAGCCUGCUUGGCCUUCUCAUCCCAGCUUUCCCCUACGCUUGGGAAGGUGGGUUUGGCAGCAUCCUCGCCUACGACCAUUCCUUCCCCAACCUGGUGCCCUCCAGAUGAAUUUGACUAUUAACUCUCACCAGACACAAGCAGCAGGGGUGUUCUGGUGAGAGAGUUACAGCCCAAAACAUGGAGGGCACAAUGUUGAGUGAGACUACUCUUAAGGAGUUCAGGCCAACAGCUGAGUAAGGCUUCACAUCCUUGGGUUAGCGUUGGUUAUUUUUAAUAUGAAAUAGGAGGCCUCUGCUGGAAAGCCUUAGUCCAUUUUUUGCCAAUCUUUUUUUUUUUAACUCUUUCCCAAUAAAAUAACACUUUCCCCUUC